GCAGCCCUCAAGUUCCGCCGCCCCGGCCGCUGCCGCCGCCGCCGUCCUUUCCCCGCCUCCCCCCUUCCCGCCGCUCUUCCCCCCCCCCCCUCCUCUCCCCAUCACCCCCCCCCCCGCGCUGGGGCCCAUCGGCCCGGCCCGGCCAUGGCCACCAAGAAGGCGGGCUCGCGGCUGGAGACGGAGAUCGAGCGGUGCCGCUCGGAGUGCCAGUGGGAGCGGAUCCCCGAGCUCGUGAAGCAGCUCUCGGCCAAGCUGAUCGCUAACGAUGACAUGGCAGAACUUCUUCUUGGGGAGUCCAAACUAGAACAAUUUUUGAAGGAAAAUGCUCUUAAACAGACUAGUAGUCCACGGGGCCCCCGGCCAAAGCUGACUGAGGUCAGGAAACAUCUCACGGCAGCGCUCGACAGGGGAAACCUGAAGCCAGAAUUCCUACAAGAAGCUAACCUGAUUAUGGCCAAGUUAAACUAUGUGGAAGGUGAUUACAAAGAAGCUCUGAACACGUAUGCCAGAGUUGGAGUUGAUGACUUGCAGCUAGCUGCAGUGCCACCAUAUAGGCUACGAAUGAUUGCUGAAGCAUAUUCUACGAAAGGUCUCUGUCUUGAGAAGUUGCCAAUUUCUUCUUCGGCUAGCAACCUUCAUGUGGACCGUGAACAAGAAAUUGUUACAUGCUAUGAGAAGGCUGGGGAUAUUGCUCUUCUGUACCUUCAGGAGAUAGAAAGGGUAAUUAAUGCCAAUCUACAAAACAGAAGCCCUAAGCCAGGGCCCACUGCACAUGAACAAGAACUUGGUUUUUUCCUGGAAACAGGACUUCAAAGAGCACAUGUUUUAUAUUUCAAGAAUGGGAACUUGACGAGAGGAGUUGGUAGAUUUAGAGAGUUACUAAGAGCUGUUGAAACAAGAACUACACAAAAUCUGCGAAUGACGAUAGCAAGACAACUGGCUGAAAUUUUGUUACGAGGCAUGUGUGAACAGAGUUACUGGAAUCCACUGGAAGAUCCUCCUCACCAAUCACCCCUAGAUGAUCCACUUCGAAAAGGUUCAAAUACUAAGAAUUACGCGCUCAGUAGAAGACCGCGGGUAUACACUGGAGAAAACAUCUUUUGUCCUCAAGAAAAUACAGAAGAAGCCUUACUGUUGCUGCUUAUUAGUGAAUCUAUGGCUAACCGUGAUGCUGUACUGAGCAGAAUACCAGAACACAAAAAUGAUCGAAUCAUCAGUUUGCAAAGUGCAUCUGUAGUCUAUGAUUUACUUACUAUAGCCUUGGGAAGAAGAGGCCAAUAUGAAAUGCUCUCAGAGUGUUUAGAAAGAGCCAUGAAGUUUGCAUUUGAAGAGUUCCAUCUCUGGUAUCAAUUUGCAUUGUCCUUGAUGGCAGCAGGAAAAUCUGCUCGAGCUGUUAAAGUCUUGAAGGAAUGUAUACGCUUGAAACCAGAUGAUGCAACUAUUCCUCUCCUUGCUGCAAAGCUCUGUAUGGGAUCUCUCCACUGGUUGGAAGAAGCUGAAAGAUUUGCCAAAACAGUUGUUGAUCUUGGGGACAAAACAUCAGAGUUCAAAGCAAAAGGCUACUUGGCACUGGGAUUGACUUACAGUCUGCAGGCUACUGAUGCAUCUUUGCGAGGGAUGCAAGAGGUCUUGCAGAGAAAGGCUCUUCUUGCAUUUCAGAGGGCUCACAGUUUGUCUCCAACGGAUCAUCUGGCAGCAUUUUACUUGGCUCUGCAGCUUGCCAUAUCCAGACAGAUACCAGAAGCUUUGGGUUAUGUUCGUCAGGCUCUGCAACUACAAGGAGAUGAUGCCAACUCUCUUCAUCUCCUUGCACUCUUGCUAUCAGCCCAGAAACACUAUCAUGAUGCUUUGAAUAUCAUUGAUAUGGCCUUGAGUGAAUAUCCAGAAAAUUUUAUAUUACUGUUUACAAAAGUUAAAUUGGAGUCCCUGUGCAGAGGCCCAGAUGAAGCACUCCUUACCUGUAAACACAUGCUCCAGAUUUGGAAAUCCUGCUACAAUCUCACUAACCCAAGUGAUUCUGGACGUGGGAGCAGCCUGUUAGACAGAGCUAUUGCUGACAGACGACAGCUUAAUACAAUUACAUUACCAGAUUUCAGCGAUCCUGAAACAGGUUCAGUUCAUGCCACAUCAAUAGCAGCUUCCAGAGUGGAGCAAGCACUGUCAGAGGUUGCUUCAUCUCUGCAAAGCAGUGCCCCUAAGCAAGGUCCCCUGCAUCCUUGGAUGACUCUGGCUCAAAUAUGGCUUCAUGCAGCUGAAGUCUACAUAGGAAUUGGGAAGCCUGCUGAGGCCACAGCGUGUACCCAGGAAGCAGCUAAUCUCUUUCCGAUGUCGCACUACGUCCUCUACAUGAGGGGUCAGGUGGCUGAACUUCGUGGAAACAUCGAUGAAGCCAAACGCUGGUAUGAAGAGGCCUUAUCGAUUAGUCCCACCCAUGUGAAAAGCAUGCAGAGGCUGGCUCUGAUACUUCACCAGCUCGGGCGCUAUAGCUUGGCAGAGAAGAUCCUCAGAGAUGCCGUCCAGGUGAACUCCACGGCCCAUGAGGUCUGGAACGGCCUGGGAGAGGUGCUGCAGGCUCAAGGCAAUGAUGAUGCCGCCACGGAAUGCUUCCUGACGGCGCUGGAGCUUGAAGCGAGCAGUCCCGUCGUCCCUUUUACCAUCAUUCCCAGAGUCCUGUGAGAGGGCACCUUGACCAUCCGAUUUGGGUCUGACGUCUGGGGGAGGAGACCCAGUGUAUCGGGCUGCCCGGUAACUGGUUAGUUUGAAAAACCUUAGAACUACAGGUAAGGAACUCCAGUCUUUUGCAGGGAAGUGGCCAAAACAGUGACGUGACGCAAUAUAUUAAUGUUAGACUGAGAGGACAAAAUGGCUAGCCAGAACCAAAUUGUUCAUAUCAUCUACAUUUUUGCUCUGGUAGUUUUAAAACAUCGUUAUAUUGUUCAUGGAUGAUGUGCCAUAUUUUGUUAGUGAUACUUGAGUGUUACAUAAAAUUAUAACGGUAUCAACUACCAAAUGUAGAAUAAGUUAAAAUUCAGUGGCGGAGCAGACUAUUUUUAACAAAGCUGUUAAUAAAACUGUUCUCUUCCUGCCUCUCAACCUCUUUUGGCCCAAAGUCAAAAUGUGAAUUUUCUGUUUCCAUCUCUAUUUUAGUCCAGGCCAGAAAAUCAGUUGAGUUCUUGUUUUCAGUUGUCAAUAACUGUGAUGUGUGGCUAACUGUUAUCUCUAUUUAGAGCAAAGGCUGAGUACAAGAAUAUUUAUAUUUUACCAAUGUAUGCCUGUUACAAAAAAUAUAUUAGUUAUUUAAGUUUAACUUUUUUAUGUGAAUUCAGAGUUUAUUUAUCAAUGGAAAUAUGUAAAAAGAAGCCUCAAAUGGAAUAUUUACCGACAUUCCUUAUACAUGACCCACACUUGGCUAAAUGGGAAAAAAUAUGUUAAUAAUAAAAUGAUUUUUAAAUGGAA